GUUUUAACUCAAAUAGGUUCGGGUUCUGUCGUCAACCUUCCAGCUGCUGAAUUUAUUUGUUACCGUGUGUAAUUAUUCCGGAUAAUUUACAACAUAUUUUACGCAUUUUCCUACGCGAUGUCGAUAGGAGCACGCGCGUGUACAGCGCUGCUGGUGCGCAGUGCACUUCACGCACACCGCCUCAGCCUGUGCAGUACAGCGCUGCCAGUGAGCUGUGCUCUGCCAGUGAACGCCUCCACAGCUGCGCUGAUAAAGCGCUAUUAUGGAAGCAAGAAAGGCGGAAAGAGGUAUGACAGCGGCAGCUCCUCAGACUCUGAUUCCGAUUCAGAAAAGAAGAAGAAAAAGCCCAAGAAAGGGCGAAGGGGCCAGUCGGAGUUCUGGCUGCGCAAGAUGCGUACUCACCACGUCGCCAUGGACGUGAACAAAGACGGCGUCGUCAGCUGGGACGACUUCGAGCAAAUGAUCAAACGCUUCAACGAGACGGGGCUCCUCAAGGACGAGCAGAAACAGAGCUUUGAGGAGGCUGUCAAGCAUGUUUGGGAGGAGGAGUGGGGCGCGUCUGGCGACCCGUACGCCUUCAUCGGUCAGGAGCAGUUCAUCGCGAACAUGGAGCGCGCUGUCAACUCCGAUGAACUCAGGAAGAAGAUCGCCAGGCCCUUGCCAUACUUUUUCCAGGCGGUGGACCACGAUGGUAGUGGGGAAAUUUCUAUCGACGAGUUCAAGCUUUACUUCAAGUGCCUCGGCCUCACCGAGGAGGCCGCGGCCGCCGCCUUCCAGGCCAUCGACAUCAACAGCGACGGCAAGCUCAGUCUUCAGGAGUUCGUCAAACUCGGCCGAGAUUUCUUCCUGAGCGAAGACGAGACGAGGCCAAGCAAACUUUUCUGGGGCCCUCUCGUGUGAUGUGCAGCUGACUCUUCAGGGGCCCUCUAGUGUGAUGAGCAGCUGACUCUUCAGGGGCCUUCUCGUGUGAUGUGGAGCUGAAUCUUCAGAGGCCCUCUCGUGUGAUGUGCAGCUGACUCCUCUUGGGCCCUCUCGUGUGAUGCGCAGCUGACUCUUCUGGGGCCCUCUCGUGUGAUGUGCAGCUGACUCCUCUUGGGCUCUCUCGUGUGAUGUGCAGCUGACUCCUCUUGGGCCCUCUCGUGUGAUGUGCAGCUGACUCUUCUGGAGCAUCCUAUGUGAUAAAACUUUUCUCGGCUCUUCGUAUCACGCUCUUUCUGAGUUCUUCUAGAACAAUGUUUUCCAACUUUCGAUCCGCGAAAACCUUCCAGGUGCUAUGCGAACACUUUGGGGGACUUAGGCAAUAUUAGGGGCAAUAGAUGUUCUACUCCACUUACCUACUCCCAGCGCCGCACCGUGAAAUUCAAAUGGUAGGCUAUUUUUCUCACAUAUUUUUCUUCUUCAUUUACAAAUCAGACUAUUCGAACAUCCCCCACGCGGUUACUGAGGAACUCGGAAUGGGUAGCCAUUGUGUAUGAAGGUGAAAUGUCCAGUAAAUUCAAUAAGGAUUCAUGUGAUGCUAUAUAAAUUAUAGGACGUAUUCCUGCUCUGGCACAAUAUGCUGCAUCCUCGUGACUGUUCUUCCCGAGGCUGUCAAAAUAUCCUCCUGAUGAUCUUAUGUGGGAAACAGACACCUUGCGACUGCACAUUACUUUAGAUAUUCCAAUCAGAGGGUCCUUACAUGUUUCAGAAUCUUUGAGGUCACGUGUUUCCUAAAUCAGUGGUUUUUUAGCGCAUUUUCUCAUUUAUGGAAAAAAUGCACUAUUGUGCUCGCC